CGUAGGCAGAAGGCGCGCAACCUGCAAUGACAGCAACUGUAAUGAAUUCCCCUGGACAAAGCCAAAGUGAAAGCUAUUCCGAAGAAGCCGCUGCAAAGACGAGAAACGUGGAAGUCAGGACUUGCUGCAUCUACCCAAAUGAGAGGCGGGAGAGGAAUCAGAUUUACACGCUUUUGAGCAUCAGCAAUAGUGUAAAGGAGCAAGAGGAAAGGCCCUUGGAGUGUGUGAAUGGAACAGGAUGGGAGGAAGCAGUCCAAAGCUGGAGCAAAACAGCCCCAUUUGCUUGCCUUCAAUCACAAAAGAGAGCCAGAAAGACAAGGACAAGUGAGUCUGUCAACGGAUGCCUCUAUUGCUUAGAUUUGACGCAAGGUGUGGAACAAGAGCCCAAGACUAUGGUUCAAGUGAAAUCUGAUUUCAAGUUCAAUACAAGCGCCACCAUGAGGAGCACGCCAGAAAAACAACAGACUCUGCUUUAUUCUCAUACAGCCGCAACUACUUCUUCUGCAACAGAUGAGUCUAAAAAAGAAAGAGAUUAUAGCAAAAUGCACUCUACUCAAAUGUCCCAAGGAGAAAAGAAAAGAAUUAUCUUAAAAGAAGCCCAUGCUUCUCUAAGUGAAAAAAAGUUAUUUGUCAUGAAAGAGAACCUGCUAUUCCCAGCAGAAAAGAAAACAGUGCCAAUAAAGGAGUAUAAUAUUCUGUCUCCAGGAAAGCCCCAAAGUCUAGAAACAGUCAAAGGCAAAGAGCUAAGGAGCCAGGAGCCUCUUCUGGGUCAUCAGGCUGGCACUGAAAUGACUGCUAAAGCAUCACUGGUACUGCCACCUCUGAAGGAUACAGCUCUCAGAAACAGCCUGGAUAAUUCUCCAAAGAAAAGUAAGAUCGUUAAUUGCCAGGCAAGUGAGAAAAUGUUCCAUGCUUUUGCAGAGACCGUAUCCUGCCCUCAGUUUUUUAAGCCUAAGGAGGAACCAAGGAUACACGCUGUGUGCAAUGCAGCGAAAGAGCAAGUGAAAAUGCAGGAGUUUGCCUCCUUCGUCCCGAGGCUUUCCAAGACGUCCUUUCUCUCAAGAAACUCGGAUCAGGCCUACUGGCACUAUGAUUUUUUGCCAGAUAGGAAAAGCGUAGCCAUGACCAAUUCCGUUGCGCUACGAAGACACAAGCAUCUCCACAGCACCCAUUUCCUGCACGCAAAAGGAACGCAUGUCGGCAAAGCCAGUGAAAUUAGAAGCAGGAGUUACAAUGGAAGCAAACAAGGAGAUCAGGCAAAAACCCAGGAGAUCCCACUGCUUUCUGGACUAUUCCCUUCCUUAACGGUCAGCCGUGUUGCACUAACAGCAUUGCCUCCUAGGCUGACCUGACUUCUUAAAUUGUAAUUUAGUGUUGAGAUGUUAAUAGCUUUGGCCUGUGUGCUCUGUAUGGGAACAAAUACUGAAGGUUCACUGUUAAGCAGACAGGAUUAUUAUUAUUAUAUCAUCAUCAUCAUCGUCAGAGACAACAUCUCCUUACUUCUGUUCAAAAAUUAACUGUCUGCUGGUCUGUUACUAUAUAACAGUGAUUACUGUAGACACUGAGCCUUGAAGUGCUGUGCUGUGCUGUGCUGUGAGGGGACACCUCAUUGCAAUAUUUGUCAUGGUUAAAAGUGUACGCACCCAGCUCAUUUAGGAUAACACUGAAGAGGGAGUGUUAGCACUGCCAACCUCUUGUGCAGUGUUUCUCAACCGUGGCGACUUGAAGAUGUGUGGAGUUGAAGUCCACACGUCUUCAAGUCGCCACGGUUGAGAAA